AUGGCCAGCGCAAUCAAGACAGCCGCUCAGUCAGUCUUCGCUGCGGCGACUGAGACCGCCAAGAUCGCCGACUUGCAGAAAGACAUACAGGACCCCUCAAAAAGGCCAGCCAAAAGCCUGACCACGGACCAUGGCGUUUUCGUGUCGGACACCGAUAAUUGGCUGAAGGCGCAAACGAAGGCUCACGUAGGGCCAUCCCUCUUGGAGGAUCAAAUCGGUCGCGAGAAGAUCCAUCGCUUCGACCAUGAGCGUAUACCAGAGCGUGUCGUUCACGCCCGAGGCGCCGCCGCACAUGGAUACUUCAAGGUUUUCGACAGCAGCGCCUCGAAGUAUACCUAUGCACCGGUGCUCACCGACUCUUCGCGUACAACCCCAGUCUUCCUGCGCUUCAGUACUGUCCAGGGCUCUCGUGGAAGUGCGGAUACCGUGCGGGACGUCAGAGGAUUCGCCGUCAAGUUCUAUACGCAAGAGGGUAACUGGGACAUCGUCGGCAACGACAUACCUGUGUUCUUCAUCCAAGACGCUAUCAAGUUUCCUGACUUCGUGCAUGCCGUGAAGCCGGAGCCACACAACGAAGUACCCCAGGGUCAGAGCGCCCAUAACAAUUUCUGGGACUACGUCGGACUUCAACCGGAAGCCACGCAUAUGGUGAUGUGGGCAAUGUCCGACAGAGGUAUCCCGCGCUCGUAUCGUAUGGUGCAAGGGUUCGGAGUAAACACAUACACUCUGGUGAACGCUGAGGGAAAGCGACACUUCGUGAAGUUUCAUUUCAUGCCCGAGCUCGGCGUAUGCAGCCUGGUGUGGGACGAGGCACUCAAGUUGUGCGGCCAAGAUCCCGACUUCCACCGCAAGGACUUAAAUGAGGCGAUCGAUACUGGGGCGUACCCGAAGUGGACGUUCGGCAUCCAAGUCAUUCCCGAGUCCGCCGAGCACGACUUCGACUUCGACAUCCUUGACGCGACUAAGAUUUGGCCUGAGGAGCUUGUCCCCAUACAGGUCAUCGGCGAGCUCGUGCUCAAUCGCACCGUCGACGAGUACUUCACCGAAACGGAGCAGGUUGCGUUCUGCACUUCGCACGUCAUCCCUGGGAUCGGCUUGAGCGACGAUCCGCUGCUGCAGGGAAGGAACUUCUCGUACUUCGACACGCAGAUUACGAGGCUCGGGAUCAACUGGCAGGAGCUCCCGAUCAACCGCCCCGUUUGCCCCGUUCUGAACCAUCAGCGAGACGGCGCUAUGCGACACAAGAUCACACAAGGCAGCAUCAACUACUGGCCGAACCGGGCGAGUGUCGGAGGACCGGUGCCAGUGCAGGAAGGUGGUUAUUAUGAUUACCCACAGAAGGUCGAGGGUGUCAAGCAGCGAUACCGCGGCGAGAAGUUCAAGGAGCACUACAACCAGGCGCAGCUUUUCUACAACUCGUUGACCGAGUACGAGAAGGCGCACCUGGUCUCCGCCAUCUCCUUCGAGCUCAGUCACUGCGACGACCCCGUCGUGUACGAGACUUACAUGAAGGUUCUGAAUAACGUCGACUUCGAGCUGACGAAGCAGGUCGCUGAGAAGGUCGGCGGCGUCAUACCGAGCGAGCCAGGCCGUCCAAACCACGGGAAGAAGAGCGCGGCCUUGUCGCAGCUGUACUACAAGCCGAAGGAGCCCACGAUCAAGAGUCGCCGUAUCGCCAUCCUGCUCGCCGACGGAUACAACCUCGCGGAGGUGGAGGGCCUUCGCGCGGCGAUCAAGGCGGGGUCGGCGACGAGCUGGGUGAUCGGGCCGCGGAGGGGCAGGGUGUAUCCGAAGGGCCAGAAGGGAGGCGACGUCGGGGUGUGGGCUGAUCAUCACUUCGAGGGGCAGCGCAGCACGAUGUUCGACGCUGUCGUCGUGCCCAGCGGAGAACACGUCGCGACGCUGGUGAAGAUGGGGCGCGCCAUCCACUGGGUCCGCGAGGCGUUCGGGCACUGCAAGACGAUUGGGGCGCUGGGUGAAGGUGUCAAAUUCGUGCACGAUGCGUUGAACGUCCCGCAGCUGAAGUUUUCCCAUGACCUGCUCAGCAACGACGUCGUUGUGUCCUACGGUGUAGUCACGGCGGGGAACUACGACGCCGGCUCGGUUGCGGCCGACGUGUUGAAGAUCAGGCAGGACGCGAAGGGCUUCGUCUCGAGCUUUGCGCUGGAGGUGAGCAAGCAUAGGUGCUACGAGCGGGAGCUGGAUGGUUUGGUCGAGUUGGUCGCGUACUGA